AUGGCCAGAAUUGAUGAUUCAAGUGGAGCAAUGAUCAAGUUGACAUCAUCCAACUACUCUAUUUGGAAGCCACAGAUGGAAGAUAUUCUGUUUUUCAAGGAUCUCUAUGAACCAAUUGAAAAUGGCAGCGAGAAGGCGGAAGACAAGACCGAGAAGCAAUGGGAGGUCUUGCAUAGCAAGGCGGUGGCAAUCAUUCGACAAUGGAUUGGCCAAAGCAUUUUUCACCAUGUUGCAAAAGAUACAAGAGCAGAUGAAUUGUGGCACAAAUUGGAGUCCAUGUAUGAGAGGCAAUCGACUCAAAAUAAAGCCUCACUCAUUCGAAGAAUUGUGAACUUGAAGUACAAGGAUGUGCAUAGUGUCUUGGAGCAUUUGAGUGACUUUCAAUGGCUUGUGAACCAGCUAACUACUAUGAAAUUAGCACAUUGA